AAAACAAGACCGUGAUUGCAUGUUGAGUCAAUUCGAUCUUUACAAAUAUGAAGACGUUAAAACUAACGCAAAUCCAAUUUGGGAUGCUUUAAGUUAUACGGGUUCCAUCAAAAUGCCACCUGAUGGUAAAUGGAGUCAAGAAAAUCUCGAUACGUUUCAAACAUGGAUGAAAAAUGGCAUGCCCGAAGGAAUUCCAAUGGCUCCCGAACGAGAAGCUUUCUAUAAGCUGUUGAACAUUGAAAUGUACCCAGAAUUUUUGGUGACAGCUAAAGAUAUGGCAUAUAAUUAUCUUGAAAAUGCAAAAGCUGCCAUCAAAAAAUAUUCAGAGAAUCCAUCCCCGGAUGAGUUUGGUGAUCUCUUCUUAAAACCCUUUAAAUAUACUCAGGAUGCUUUUGAUAAACGCUUGGAAGAUAUUUACAAUUAUUGUGAAAAUGAAGCUGAAACUUAUCAACCAGAAAAUGAUCCUACCUAUAGUUCUCGCGACGAUGUCAUAGAAAGAGUCCGUCAAUUUGCACCUUUCAAUCAGACAGAUGGUGCUUGGUUACAUAAUGCAGUUAAAGUGGGUCCGAUCGAUGAGAUUUCGGCACUUCUUUUUGAAAUUUGGCAAGAUGAACUUGGAAAUGGUAAAGUCGAACUUAAUCACGCGACAUUAUAUACUACUCUACUUGAAGAAUGUGGUAUACGUCUACCAAAUAUAUAUCAAGAUGCUUAUGCUUUUGAUACAAAUUUUCUCGACUCUGCUUUUUCGGCACCAACUUUGGCUCUCUGUGUUUCUCAAUUCUCUAGUUUGUUCUUUCCUGAAAUUCUUGGAUUUACCCUUCAGAUAGAAUGGACUGUCUUGGAAUUAAAGCCAACUAUCAAAUUAUUUAAAUAUUAUGGUGUGGAUCCUCACUUUUACGUGAUGCAUGUUGCAAUAGAUAAUGCUUCCACGGGUCAUGGUGCCCAUGCAAAAAGAGCUAUAGAACUUUAUCUAGAUUAUGUGAGUCAAUCUGGUGGUGAUGAUGCUGUCCAGGAAGCUUGGGGACGUAUUUGGACAGGAUUUGUUGCUUUUUGGUCUACCGGAACGCUUGGUGAUGAUCUUUCAAAGAAAAUCAGAUUAAAAAGACUCGGAAUCCCAACUCUUAGUGAAAGAAUGGUCGAUAUGAUUUCUUAUAAAGCCCCUUACGCAAAACGUAAUCAUGAUGAUCGAAAACUUGGAAACAAACUUAUAAAUGAUUGGUUCGAAGAUCCUAAAGGUUUUUUGAAUGCUUUGGCUGAAAGUUCAUAUAUUGUGAAAGGUGAUCCAGACGAAUCACCUAUUUUAUCUCGUGUAACAACUUGGGAGGGUCCCAUGUAUAAAGUUUUUACUGAUGAUGAACUUGGUUUAUGGCGUGAUUGGAUCAGCUCUCUUGAUCCUAAUUUACCACCACCAAAUUUAAAUCUUGAUUUGUUUGCGGAAAUGAAACGUCUCAUAGAGACAUUAAAAAACAAUCAAUAUGAUGAACAGGCACAUGCAAUGUGGCUUGAUCGUGAUAAUCCAGUUUGGAUGAUGAAAGCAUUAAUUUGUGAUAAGAAUGAUUUUAAAAUGGUCAUACCUGGAAAACCUGAAUCCAGUCCUUUCAUUACUACUUUGAUGUCACCAGCUAAUAAAAUGGGUACAGUUUUCGCUAAUGUUGCAAUUAGAUAUGGACCUAUAAAAACUCCUGUUGACGAUCUUACAAGUGAAAUCGAACAAUACCAAGGUGAAAUUUAUGAACCUUGGACUUGGAGAGAUAUUGUAUAUCAAUGGAUUAAAUCUGGAUGUCCAAUAAAAGAAACAUCAGAAAAUCGGUUAUUAUCAAUUUCAGAAACUGAUCUUCCAGUAACUGCACUUUAUACUCAUCACUCAGGAUUCAUUAAACAUCGUAAGUAUGGUCCAGGUGGAAUACAUUGA